GGGAAGGGCUGAGGCGACGACAGUAGUCCAGGGGGGUCGCUGGGUGUGCGUCCAUUCGUCCUCUCUGACCCGCUCCCUUUUUUCUCUCCCCAGGUGCCAGCGGUCACCAUGCCCGCCACCAGGUCCCAAGGCCAGGCCGCCAUCGGCUUCCCUCGGAAGAAGGCAGCGCGGACUGCGGCCGGGCCCAAAGGCCUCCGGGCCUCCUCCUCGCCCGCCGCCAUCGCCCCCGCUGACGCCCCGAAAAGCCCCCCGCCUCGGCCGGGCCCCCGCACGCUGCCCCUCAGCCCCCGCAAGCGCCUGGGAGACGACAACUUGUGCAACAUCCCCCAGUCGCUUCCUUGCUCUCCGCCGAAGCAGAGUAAGAAAGAGAACGGCCCUCCCCUCCCGUUCACGCCGAAGGGACGUCGCCUGGUGUUUGAGGACCAACUGGCAAGUCGGUCUCCCGGCCAAAGAGACCGAGCGGCGGCCCCCUCUCCGGGUCAGGUCCGGGCCCGGCAGGGGCAGGAGACCCCGAGGAAUUCCGAGCGCGGUCACCCGUCAGAGCGAGAAGAUGUGCGCGUCGGGCUGUUCAAGCAAGAAGGCACCUGUUACCAGCAAGCCAAGCUGGCCCUGAACACGGCCGUUCCGGAUCGGCUGCCCGCCCGGGAGAAGGAGAUGGAGGCCAUCGGACACUUCCUGAAGAAGCACGUCUGUGGAAAGAGAGCCGGGAGUCUCUAUGUGUCCGGUGCUCCUGGAACCGGCAAAACCGCCUGCCUCACCCGGAUUUUGCAGGACCUCAAGGGGGAGCUGAGCGGCACCAAGGUCAUCGUGCUGAAUUGCAUGUCGCUGAGGAGCUCCCAGGCCGUGUUCCCAGCCAUCGCCCGUGAGCUCUUUCAAGAGGGAGCAUCCAAGCCAGCUGGCAGGGACGUGGUGAGGAAGCUGGAGAAGCAAAUGACGGCAGCAGAGGCGGGCCACAUGAUACUUCUGGUGUUGGAUGAGAUGGACCAGCUGGACAGCAAAGGGCAGGACGUGCUUUACACGCUAUUUGAGUGGCCCUGGCUCAGCGGCUCCCGACUCGUGCUCAUCGGCAUCGCCAACGCCCUGGACCUCACCGACCGGAUCCUUCCGAGACUCCAGGCCAGAGCGAAUUGCAGGCCGCAGCUGCUGAACUUCCCGCCGUAUACCAAGGACCAGCUGACCGCCAUCCUUCAGGAGCGACUGGGGCAGGUCCCCGGUGACCAGGUGCUGGACAACGCCGCAGUUCAGUUCUGCGCCCGGAAAGUCUCCGCCGUGUCCGGAGAUGCUCGCAAGGCGCUCGAUGUUUGCAGGAGGGCUGUCGAAAUUGUGGAGAAGGAUGUCAGAAGCCAGACACUCCUCAGACCGCUGUCUGAACGCAGAUCGCCGGCGAAAGCAUCCCCGGGGCCUCUGGUCCCCAAGCGGGUGAGCCUCUGCGACGUGUCCCAGGUGAUCGCCGACAUUUAUGGAGACAGGAUGGCCGCCAGCCAAACCGGAGGAGCCGAUCCCUUCCCUCUGCAGCAGAAGAUCCUGGUCUGCUCUCUGCUGCUCUUGACCAGGCAGCUAAAGGUCAAAGAGGUCACCUUGGGAAAGUUGUACGAAGCUUACAGCAAAGUCUGCAGGAAGCAGCGGGUACCGGCUACGGACCAGUCCGAGUGUCUGUGUCUCUCGGGGCUCUUGGAGGCCAGGGGCAUCUUCGCUUUGAAGAAAAACAAGGAAACCCGGCUCGCUAAGGUGUCUCUGAAGAUCGAGGAGAAGGAUGUGGAGCGCGCACUCCAGGACAGAGUCUUAAUUGGGAACAUCCUAGCUAGCGGAUUGCCUUAAGUCCUUCUGUUCUUUGACCCCGCGGGGCCUAGCUGGCUUCUUGGGAGCCACGUGACUCCGCUCUUGGGACUUCCCACGUUCCGGCCUCAGGUCCGGCCUCGGCUCACCUCCUUCCCUCGGAGCAGAUUAAUUUAAAUCCGUAAGCGGGUUUUCCCGACGCUGGCCCCCGACCCCCUCUUCGGGGCCGACUUCUUGUGGUGACACUAGCCUCCCCCCCUCGAGAUUAAGUAGCGCGUGGAGAGCGGGUCAGCGGGGGCCGUCUCCUCAGCCGGGGUGUGGAGGUGGCGGCGGAGGUGGCCUCCUUGAAGGCCUGCGGUGAGAGUAACGAAGGACCUUCCUGGCUCUGAAGCGGAAGAGACCAGUCAAGGCCCGAGUUCCUCUUUGUGUGUGCGUGUGUGUGUGUGUGUGUGUGUGUACGUGCGGAUGUGCUCAGCGGCCGGUCGGGGCAGGGGGAGCCGUAGGUUUUACCUGCCCAGACCGGGACUGUAUCAAUUUCUGGUCCUACGUGCUCCGUGACACCCCACCCCGGGCUGCCCAGCGCCCAGGACGGUCCACUCCCCGCCCCCGAUCUGAGGCUGGGAUUCACAUCCAGCCACUUCUCCUUCCUCUCCGAGCGAUCAGUAUCCCAGGUGUUUGCUCUCUCCCUCUGCACAGUGUGUGUGUUGGGGGAGGGGGCUCUGAGCUGAAGCCCACCAGGGGACACUGACAGCGGCCAGCCUGCUGGUCCGCCCAUCGGGGCGGGGGGCGUGGAGGGAAGGGCAGGACUCUGUGGGUGGGUUGUGUGCCGCUGCCGUUAUUGUGAGUCAAGUGCUGUUUUAAAUAUAAACUGGGAGCAAUA